UGAAGCAAACGCUAUCACUGGAUUUGAUUUCUAGACCACUGACUACCUAUCGUAUGAUGUAUUUCACUUUUUAAUACAGAUAUACGCACUACUGGGCUGUAGGAAGGACGAAGUGCAGUCGUUUGUGGAAACAACUCCGACAACUCGGAGUUCGCGUUUUAUUGUUCAGCGUGUUUUGUUCAGUGCUAGCAUGAGUGCUCGGAGAGAUGUUGUGCAGGAGUGUGUAAUAUUGUGCCGAAAUUAGUUUAUUGUGAGGAUCGCACAGAGCCACAUAACAGGAGCCGCGGAGGUCAUGUGUGACACAGAGGGAGAGAGAGUUAAACACAAGCCCGGCGGGCGUCUGGACAUGAGCCACGGGUUCCUGCGGCACAUCAGGAGGAAUCAGAUCGCCAGGGAUGAUUAUGACAGAGAAGUAAAGCAGGCUAAGGAGAAACAGAGGCGCAGACACGGCAGCAGCAGCACCCCUCAGCGUCCACGCAGACCCGACCGACAGGUGUAUCACCCUCGCCUCCAGAAUGGAUCUGGAUCUGGAGCUGGUGCGAGUGCAGAGGCAGAGGACUGGAAUGAGAGCAGCUCUGGCACAGAGCAGGAGAACACAGACACAGAGCUGUUCUGGCUCGAUUAUCAAGCUGACAACGGCCACAUAACUUCUCUCAUUGUCCAUAAGGAGGACAAGCCAGAAGUUAUUGUGCAGCGUGUGGCAGAAAAGAACGCUCUGGACUCGGCCAUGAGGGCGGCGCUGUUGGCACGCGUGGGACAGGAAAUCAACAAGCGCUGAGAGAAAGAGAGAGGAGCUUUGAUAAAAGUGGAGAAGAAGGCACUGAGACACCGCUGAGCUGCACUUCUGUAAGACGGCACAAAGCAUUCACAGAUGUCUCGGAGAUGCCAUGAAUCCUAACAUGUGAAGGUGUAGCCUUCUCCAAACAGAGUGGACUCCAACCUCAAGAGAAAUGACACUGUUAAGCAGGAAACUGAUCUUCUUUGAUCUAACAGUUUGUGUUACAGAAAACAGGAUCUGAAUUGUUCUUUCAGCUGGAAACUGAAAUCCUUGUGACUUCACACUUAGGAAAGAUGCUGAACAGAUGUUGAGAGCUCGCAGGUGACUGAUAGACUUCCAGAAAAGAGUGUUUUUAUAUAUGGUUUAGGCUAAAUCCCCACAGAAGUUAAAGCAAACUUCGAAUGCGUCCGGUCUGUUUUAGUCUAAGCGAAGCUCUGAAGGAAUCGCUCCUGUGGUGGAAACAGCUGAGGAAGUUCAAACUGAGUUUAAAGAGUGCUGACGAGGUCCUCGUGGCUCUGAUGUUGAUAUCCUUUGCAGUUGGAUAUCUGUCUUGUCCUUUUAUGUCCGUAAAUAUUCAUGUCGAUGUACUGAUAUAAAUAUCCCCUUUUCCUCUGUUGGUGCUCAUGAUGUUGUGGAAAAGAAUAAAGGACCGAUAUGUGGCUUCUCUUAUUCUCA